AAACAAUAUUGGGUGGCUACUAGCGGUAUGAAGUUUAUAAAAUCUCAACCUCGAACCACUCCUGCAGAGCCUAGUUACAUCGAUCGAUCGCCUGACAGAGUUGGAGAGAUGGAGGUGACGCAAAUACUUCACAUGAACAACGGAGAUGACGAGACUAGCUAUGCCAAAAACUCUACAGUUCAGAGAAAAACAUUAUCCAUAGCCAAGCCGAUCAUUGAGGAAGCAGUGCUAGAACUCUUGGGAUCCAAUAUCAUGGCAAUAGAGAGCAUGGGAAUAGCAGAUUUGGGUUGCUCAUCCGGACCCAACACCUUACUACUCAUCUCGCAGAUCAUGGAUGCCAUACAUGCUAUACCUAGCAAAGUUACAGAGCUUAGAGUGUUUCUAAAUGACCUCUUUAGCAACGACUUCAACUCCAUCUUCAUGUCACUCCCAUCAUUCUACCAAAAACUGAAACAAGACUAUGAUAAUAGUCGUGAUCCCGAUCAGCAUGUCAUAAAUCCGUUGAUUUCUGCUGUGCCCGGUUCGUUUUACGGUCCAUUGUUUCCCAGAAAGAGCGUGCACUUUGUUCAUUCUUCUUUUAGUCUUCACUGGCUCUCUCAGGUGCCCGAUGGCCUAAACAACAAAGGAAAUAUAUACAUUUCUAAGAGCAGCCCGCAGUGCGUAUUAGACGCAUACUCCAUGCAGUUUCAGAAAGACUUUUCCGUUUUUCUGAGGUUUAGGGCACAAGAAAUAGCCGAGGGAGGACGAAUGGUGUUGUCCUUCAUGGGCAGGCCAUCCACUGACCCAACAGCUGAUCAGGGCACUUUCUACCAGUUCGAGCUCUUAGCCCACGCAUUAAUGGACACGGUGUCCAAGGGUCUUAUAAAAGAGGAAAUGGUUAAUUCCUUCAACAUGCCCUACUAUACUUCAUGUGCAGAGGAAUUGAAUUUGGUGUUACAAAAAGAAGGGUCUUUCAUCAAGGACCGCCUUGAAGCAUUCGAAGUGAAUUGGGAUACUGGUGGUGCUGAUCUCGAUCACAACAUGCCUAACGGUGCAUUUGACCAUGAUCAAACAAUAACAAGCAGUGGGCAGCGAGUGGCCAAUAGCAUAAGAGUCGUGGCCGAGUCAAUGCUCGAAUCUCAUUUUGGAAAAGAGAUAAUGGAUGAGGUGUUUAAGAAAUAUACAGAGCUCGUUAGCAAGCACUUAUCAAAUAGUACUACUAGACCGAAGUAUACAGUUUUGGUCACCUCACUCAUUCGAAAGAUUUGAAUUUUCCUCUUCUUUUAUUCAGAAUUUAUUACAUUGUAUCCAUUUAUAACCCUUUAUUCAAUUAGAGCAACUUCAACAGUCUACAAACACUAUAGAAAAGAAAAAAAACUCUCUCUAGAAACCUUAGGGUUUAGAAGCGGGUAGUGGCGGCGGGAUUCUCAGUUUGCUGUCCGAGCAAGCAAUGGCGAGGAUUCUCGUCGUGGGCUGGGGCAACACAGUUGACCGGUGAGUCUGGAGAGGGAAGAAGUUCCAUUUGGAGGACGGCAGUUGAUUUGAUCGGGGAUUACUUUCGAUCUCUGAUUGGCAUCGGCGUUGAUCAGAGUUUCUAAUCUGGGCUACGGGGUUGUACGGGAAUACAGAGGCUGGGAGGACAGGCUCCCGGCCGGCGACGUAGGAGAGCUGUUCGUUGCAAGGGAGGCUUUGGGCUUUGGUGCAGCGUCAGGCUUGAUUGGGGUCUCUGGUGAAGGAAGCGGUUGGUCUAGUCGAGGCAAGGCGGCGGGUCAGGCGAGUUGGUGCACUUCCGAUGUGGUGGUCCAAGGGUUUGCCGCCGGAGGACAUGACGGCGACGGCGGAGAAGGAGCAGCGGUGCAGAGAGGCUCCUCCUCUAUUUGCUUGGGGUUAGGCCUGGGUCUUUGGGCCUAGGAUAACUCUUGGGCUGAUGGGGCAGGGGCUUGGGCUCAAUCUUGGGCUGAUGGACCUGUUUGAUUGUAUUUCUGCUAGACAAGACUGGACUUGGGCCUACGGGCUUGGGUUAAGGCAAUUGGGGCCCUAAUUUAUUAGGGUUUGAGCCUGUGUGAGGUUGGAUUAACUUCUAUGAGUCUUCUAUGAUGUUUCUAGUCUCUUGCUUGUACCACAAUUGUGUGAUUGGCAAGUGAGGGCUAGUUGAAUGAUUUCUUUCCGUAGGAGGCGAGGUUUUUUCAUUCUUGUAUAGGCUCGCUUAAAUGUGAGCGACCUAGUGAUCUUUAAAGGUUUGCUUUAGCUUAGGUAGGUUACUCCGGAUUUUCUUGCCGGAUUUCUUAUGUAAGUUUUGGUAAACUUCAGCCUAUUUGCUGUUGA